CGGUUCCCGUUAAUUUUACUGGGUCUUAGCAGAGUGGUUAAGUCACACAAGUCAGUACAGUGGUACACCUUCAUCACAAUAUAAACAUGCGUAUCUAGAGAGAGAGAGAGAGAGAGAGAGAGAGAACUGAAGGUGUUGAGGAAUCACGGACAGAGCGAUGGAGAUUGCGUCGCCACAGCCAUCAGCCGAUGAAGGGUCACACCUGGCCAUAGAUAUUGGAGGCUCUCUCAUCAAAUUGGUGUAUUCCUCAAAUAAUAGUGAGCCUGAUGAUAAGGGUAAACAGUCUUCAAAGGAAUGUUCAGGAGUUUCCAAUGACAGUAAUGAUUAUCCGGUUCUUGGUGGUAGGCUCCAUUUUGCAAAGUUUGAGACAAGCAAGAUCAACGAUUGCUUGGAAUUUAUUUCAUCUAAGCAGCUUCACCGACACGGUCGUUGGCAUCAUGAGGCUGCCGGUCGCGACAAGGACACUAUAAAGGCCACCGGAGGUGGGGCUUACCGGUUUGCAGAUCUAUUCAAAGAGAAGCUGGGUGUUGGCCUUGACAAAGUAGACGAAAUGGAUUGUCUUGUGUCUGGAGCAAAUUUUCUACUUAACGCAGUGCACCCGGAAGCUUUUACUUACAUCGAUGGUCGUGAGGAGUAUGUGCAGAUAGACCCUAAUGAUUUGUACCCUUAUCUCCUUGUGAAUAUUGGAUCUGGUGUCAGCAUGAUAAAGGUGGAUGGAGAUGGAAAGUUUGAAAGAGUUAGCGGAACAAGUGUUGGUGGUGGCACUUUUUGGGGUUUGGGAAGGCUUUUAACCAACUGCAAGAGUUUUGAUGAAUUGCUAGAGUUGAGCCACAAUGGGAAUAAUAGAGUUAUAGACAUGCUUGUUGGAGACAUCUACGGUGGAACGGACUACAAGAAGAUAGGUCUUACUUCAACAACCAUCGCUUCUAGCUUUGGAAAGGCCAUUUCUGAAAAUAAAGAACUUGGAGACUACAGGCCUGAAGAUAUCUCUCGGUCCCUACUAAGAAUGAUCUCAAAUAAUAUUGGGCAGAUCUCUUACUUGAAUGCACUUCGUUUUGGACUCAAGCGGAUAUUUUUUGGAGGUUUUUUCAUUCGUGGUCAUGCUUACACCAUGGACACAAUUUCUGUUGCUGUUCAUUUCUGGUCAAAAGGAGAGGCACAGGCAAUGUUUUUGAAGCAUGAAGGGUUUCUUGGAGCGUUGGGAGCGUUCAUGAGCUAUGAAACUCAUGGUCUUGAUACUAUAAUCACCCCUAGUUCGUGAACGACCCAAUCAUUACAUUCUAUACGAGAAGAUUAGAAGAAUUUUGCCGCUUCAGAGCUGCUUACAAAUUGCAUUAGUUAUCAAGCACGGUGUUUCAGUAUUCCUCAGCACUUAUCCUUAGUCCAAGGUAUCAAACUGUAGACUCUCCACACCCAAUUACAACUCUGCUGUCUUGUAUUUGGACUAGCCAUUUCCUUAGAGAAAGCCCCGCAAAAGGGUGAAAAGUAUUAUGAUUCCAGAAGGCACUAUUGUAAGCCGUAUAUGUAUACUAAUAUACUACCACUAAUUCGGUGCUAUCAAUGGAAUCAAAUAAAAACAGAGCUCGAACGAUUUUUUUUGGCUUCA